CCGCUGAGUCGGCCUUUCACAGCUAAGCAACGCAUCAGCCACAACAGCUUCAGUAUCAUUAUUUCAUCCGCAGUGCGCAGUUGUGCGUCAGUGUUUCCGUGCACAUCCCAAAGGCUGCUUUUGUACUCCAAGAAGCCGGCUGGAGGCCCUUCUAGGCAAAGAUGCUGUGCGACAACGAGCUGCAACCGAUCGGCUACAAGGAAAAGAUGGUCAGCGCGUUCCGAACGGAUGAUAUUCUCGCGUUCGAAAGCGCCAUCGAUACACUGAGUGACGCUCAGGCAGGCGAGGCUUUGCACGAAAUUUGCACCAGCAAACUAAUCAAAGAUGAAGAGAAAAGAUGCGAGUUUGCGGACAAGCUGCUUUAUAGAUAUAAUGCUCACGGAAUCCACCCGAGCGCCGGAUCGUACCCUAUCCAUCAGGCAGCUAAAAGAGGGCUGCACAGAUUGCUUGCGCAACUCAUCAAUCACUCUAUAAAUCCCGCCGAUCCGACAGCGCUCACCAAAAAUGGUGAGACCGCAAUACACUCUGCUAUUCGCGGAGCUGCUUCGGUAAGCAGUUUGGAAAACCAAAACUUUGAAAUUGUUGAGGAAAAUGCACUGAAGUGCGUAAAACUGCUGGUCGAAAAAAACUGCAAUCUUUUUGCUAAGGACGGGGUAGCAGACAUCACCGCAGUACAUUUGGCUGCGCAAAAUGAACUCUGGUCAAUUGUUGAAUUUCUCCUUCAGAAUAGAGCAAACAUAGAUAUGAAAAUUGAUGGCAAAAGUGCCAGGGAUUAUAUUGAAAAAUACAAACCUCUGUGGGUGGAAUCUUACACUGGGUGCACAUACACGGGGUGUUCGGACUCUAUAAUGGAUACCCUAGAUGUGUUAAUAGAAAAGCUUGAGAGACAUUCUGUCAGUGUGGACAACAAAGAAAAUGCCUUCGAAGAAUGGCUUCUAAAAAAUGUUACUUCCAUGGAGCUGAACAAACCGUACAAAGGACGGUACACACUUUUGGAGUGCGCAAUUAAAAACCGACUCCCCAGAAUGGCGGCGACUUUGAUUGACCAGGGCGCCGACCCGAACACGGCCCUUUUUGCGGCAAUCAAAGCCGGGGAGCAGUACUUUGAUCUAAUCGAAAGUGCAGGCAAGAAGCUUGACAUCACCAAAAAAUUACCCGGCAAUUCCCAACUGACUGUUCUCCAUUUCGCCGUCCACACAGACAACAUGAAUACCAGCGUUAAUGUGGUGGAAUCGAUUUUGAAAUUGGCAGCGACUCAGAUUUCAGACGUCAAGAAAUGGGUCAAUGAAGAAGACUACAGGGGCAUGACGGCCCUUCACUACGCAGCCAAACGGCGCCUGAAUGACAUUGUUGAGGUCCUGCUGAAGUACGGGGCAAACAUUUUUGCCCCUGAUAAGUUCAACUCUCCCGUUUUCCUCAAUAUGCGUCCAGAGCUCAUCAUGCAACACCUGGACGAUCAAAUACAAUGCACAGACGACAGCUGCAUGGACUGCAGCCACGCGCUCGUAUUUGAUUUUAAUUUCCUGAAAGUCCCUAAGAAAAAUCAAGAGUUUUCAAAGGCGAGCAGCAAAGGGUACUCAAGUUUGAAUAUGGGUGGUGCAAUUAAUGAUGAAAACGGGGACAUACCGUCCGAGCCUGAAAUGCAGACUUUGCGAUGGAUGGUGGAUUCGAAGAGCCACAGAAUUGCGCUGCAACACCCCGUCAUCAAGGCCUUUCUGCGCAUCAAAUGGCACCGGCUUUUCUGGUUCUACUGGCUGAACUUUGCUUUUUAUUUAGCGUUCACGCUCACUUUCUUUUUGUUUGUCUUCAGCAUUGAUUUCAAGAACAUCAACAAUGAAGACAUGGUGGUCGCUAAAAACCGAACCGAAAAUGUUGGAUUUCUCCACGAACACUUUGAUUCCGUUUGGAACUUGCUGAUGGUGCUGACCGUUUUCUUUGCCCUGCGCGAAUUAUUCCAACUCGUUUUUCUCACAAAGAAGUACCUCUUAACAUUGGAAAAUUGGCUGGAAAUGACAAUUAUCGUGAUGACCGUGUGCCUGCUGCACUCGCCCUUCACCAAAUGGGUGGCCUCCGCACUUUGCCUGCUGAUUUGCAUCGAGAUGGUCCUCCUCAUGAGUCGCCACCCCUGCCUGGCCAUCUACAUCCGCAUGUUCUUUCAAGUGGCGUUAAAUUUCCUGAAAUUCCUUUUAUGGUACAUGUGUCUCAUCGCCGCUUUCGGUUUUUCAUUUUACAUCAUCUUUCCUAAGUGCACCCCCAAAGAGGGAGUGGAAGAUUGCAAGGACUUUUUUAACACGUUGCCCGACUCAAUAUUUAAAACGAUAGUUAUGAUCAGCGGUGAAUACGAAGCUGGAGACCUUGAAUUCAAUCACGUGUCAAUUGCAAGCCAUUUGAUUUUCCUGUCAUUUUUAUUUUUGAUCUCCAUCGUGAUGGUUAAUUUACUAAAUGGUUUGGCCGUCAGUGACACGCAAGAGAUUAGAAACGAAGCCGAACUCAUUUUCUGUGUGUCACAAGUAAAAUUCUUCUAUGACAUCGAGUCUGUCCUUCUCGUCUCGUGGAAAAAUUGCUGUUGCAUGAUUUUAAAACCCUACACAAGUUGGAUGGGCACAAAAAUUUUACUGCUCGAUAAUUUGCUUGCCGAGAGUGGAAACAAGGUGCAUGUUUUCCUCAACCAGAAUAAUCGAGUGGAGCCAGAUUUGAAUACGUGUUGCAGAAACGAGUGCUGCACGGGUUGCAUCGGCGGUAGCAGGCCUUGCAGAUUUUCGUUUUGCCGCACAUUCAAUACCAUUGUAAGCGAUGCCUUGGCAGUGGCACACAAAAAUACGGAAGUUGAUAAGAUGGACCUCAUUCUAACGCGAUUGAAAAAGCUAGAGUAUAUGCUGGAAGAGCGAUCAAGAAAUUAAAAUUGAUGGGACCUUUUUUGUUAGAAAAUUAGAUUUAAUUUAUGACUAAUUAUGAUUAUAAUUUUCCUGUGCUUAAUUAUAUAAUACAAUAAUGAUAUAUUCGAUUUCAAUGAAAUUAUAUUUGUGAUCAUUAAUACUGUAUGUCGUGGUAUAUCAACUUUGGAAUAUAAUAAUUAAUAAUGUUGACCAAUAUUUAGCAACAGAGGAUUUCAAAAAAUAAUAGUUUCCAUGUAAAGAGUUUAUCAAAUAUGAAUAGUAAAAAAUGAUAAAUUAUUGUGUUGCAGCUACCAUAAAUAUAUUGCCCGAAGAUACAUUAAUAAACACGAUUUGAAACUAAAUAUAUAUUUAAAUUUUAAAUAUCAUAGUUGUACAAAUAAAUAUAAAUAAAAACCAAU